GUGAGAGAGACAGACAGAGAGAGAGCGAGAGUACAGUAAUAGUUUUAACCUAAACUUUGCUCGUUACAAGAAGCCGGACUAACACACGCCCCCUCCCCCCCCACAAGUUAUUCAGCAACUACUCGUCAGUUCUGCUAGCCGGGGGCAUUCGCAGAGGGGCGGCUGAAGUGAUUGGGACCAGGAGCGGACUAAACGAGCUCUGCGUCCCAACCAUUGCUCUGAGCAGGAAAUUUUUACACGGCCUAAGAACUGCACGGCACUGUCUGCGUGACAGUGGGACCAUGGACUGAGUUGGCGAGCGAGGGUGUGUGUGUGUGUGUGUGUGCCCGUGCAUACGCCAGGCGCCAUGACAUUGGAGGAGGGGGCAUUGAGCGUCCAGGACUGGCUGGGGGCCCUGCAUCUCGAUCAGUAUGCGGACAUGUUCACCCAGCACGCCUACCGCCACCUCGCCGACUGCUGGGAGCUCAGCGGGGAGGACCUCUCCCGCCUUGGCGUCCACUUGCCCGGGCAUCGCAAGCGCAUCCUCUCCGCCCUGAGGAAGGGGCCACCGUCGCGGAAUCCCCUGACCGCUGAAGCGACAGUGGAUGACGUCAAGGAGAAGCCCGUCCCGAGAAAGAGGAGCGUCUACCCCUACCAGGCCCGCCCACCGGCCGAGGAGACCUUCCUUCCCCCCAUCCCACCCCGGCAUGGACUGGGGGGCCCUCCCAAGAAAGUACAGCCUGUUCCCCGUCCUCGAGUACGACCCCCACUGGUGGGGGAUGGACUGAGGGAAGAUCCGCCCGUGCUCCCGCCACGCCAGGACACGGAGAGCAGGGGGCGGCCCCCACCUCUGCCAGCCAGGCCUCUGCCCCGACUCCAGGAUCGGGAGACCAGUGUGGACUGCAGCACUACACCUAAAGCGAACUUGGACGAACUUAAGGCCAGACAUCGGAGUCCUCCUUUGCUCAUACCACGGGCCAAUCUCUCUCUGCAGCAUCAUAGUGGCCCCAGACGUCCUCCAAGAAGUCAGUUUGACCUGCCGAAGCACUAUUCGACUCCGUCGCUGUUUACGGGAUGCGAGCAGAGGUCCCCAGAUGACAGCUUCGACCUCCCCGCUGAGAUGAACAAUAAUGAUAAUGCUGGUCAGAGCCCAUUCUCGGAGAGAGACAGCGCUGGGGAGAGCCCAAGUAACUUCAGUGACGAGGACAAUGCAGAUGACUAUGAAAUGAUGAUCAAUUUGCCUCACCCGUGCUCCAGUUCUGACAACCUUGGACUGGCCACGCUGCAGGAAGAUGAGGAAGUGGACAAGGAGGAGAGCAGUCCCUCCAAGAGGGCGGCCGACGUCCCGAUGUCCCCACACCUUCCCUCCAGCCGCGCUGUGGACACUAGUCAGCUCUGCCCUCUCAUCAAAGCCGGGUGGCUGGACAAGAAUCCACCGCAGGGCUCCUACAUUUACCAACGCCGCUUUGUCCGACUGGACACCGACUACCUGAGGUACUUCGAGAACGAGAAGGAAGUUUACUCCAAACGAGUGAUCUCUGUCAGAUCCAUCACACGGGUGUCCUACGUCGGUGAGCAGAAGUUUGAGGUUGUCACGUCCAACCGUACCUUUGUGUUCCGGGCGGAGAGCGACGGAGAGCGGAAUGAGUGGGUGCGAAUGAUCCAGCAAACAGCGGAGGAGAAGAAGGAGCGUCUGGAGUCGAGGGGGACCCGUGCAUCCGACUACUUCUUGCGGGAGAGCAUCUCUGAAUUCGGGGAGAAGUACGGAUAUCUGGAACAGCGGGCAUCCCGGAAUAAGGUUUACGUAUCAAUCCGGGGAGACAAGGUGUGGCUCUACAAGAACGAAGAGGAUCAUCGGCUUGGGAUUGGCAUCACCUCUGUGGAAAUGAAUGUAGCUACGGUGAAGGAGACAGACAGGCGGGCAUUUGAUCUCACGACACCGUACAGAACCUUCAGUUUUGUGGCUGAUUCGGACUCAGAGAAGGACGAUUGGGUCGAAGCGUUAAGGGAGUCCACCGCCGAGGCCCUGUCCAACUAUGAGGUUGCAGAGCAGAUCUGGGCCAUGGAGCCCAACACCGUGUGUGUGGACUGUGGGAUCCCCAAACCAGAGUGGGCCUCCAUCAACCUGUGUGUGGUCAUGUGCAAGAAAUGUGCAGGCGAACACAGAGCUCUCGGACCAGGCAUCUCCAAAGUCCGCAGCCUGAAGAUGGACAAGAAGGUGUGGACGGGGCAGCUGAUUCAGCUGUUCCAGCACAUCGGAAACCGGAAGGCGAACUGUUUCUGGGCGGCCAACGUCCCGCCGAGCGAGGCCAUCAGCGAGAGCAGCAGCAGUGUGGAACGCAAGCAGUUCAUCAGUACCAAGUACCGGGAGGGCAAGUACCGCCUCUACCACCUGCUCUUCGGAAACCAGGAGGAACUGGACAAGGCUCUGUGUGCAGCCGUGGUCACCAGUGACCUGGAGGAGACGAUGUCGCUGGUGUUCUGCGGGGCCGACACCGGCUGCUUCACAGGUGACCCCGCGUGCCCGACCCCCAUCGAUCUCGCUCGGCAGGCCAAGCAGGAGCUGCAGGUGGCGUUCCUCAUGCAGAACCGAAACUCCGAGACCCCCCGCUUGGAACUAAGCAACAUAGACAAGCAAUACUACGUGGCCCCCCAGUCUAUCACCCACAACGGAUUCCUCUACAAGAUCGCCUCAGUGGGAAAGCCAAUCACAGAGAGGAAGUCCAAAGAAGAGUUCAGCAAACGGUGGUGUGUUCUGGACAACGGCGUGCUCAGUUACUACGAAAGCGACCGGAACUCCACGCCCAAUGGAUCCAUCGACAUGCGUGAGGUGGUCUGUCUGGCUGUUAACAGCCCUGCUGCCCAUGGGUUUGAGCACACGUUUGAGGUUUUCACGGACCCAGAGCGCCUGUUUAUGUUUGGGACUGAGAGUGCAGAGUCCAUUAAAGAGUGGGUCAAGUCCAUUGCGAAGUCCUUCCUCCCGCCGGCUGUAGACCUGAUGGACCAUGACUUUGAGCGGAUUGGACGUCUGCUGUACAAGGACGGGUUGAGCCUGGAGCGGGCCAAGGUGGGCUGGUUUGCACUGGAGAAGUCCACGCUCUUUGUCUGGUCCGAGGACUCGGACAAGGAGGAGGCCAUCAACCUUCGCAAGCUGCAGGAGUUGUCGGAGCAGGCUGACCACGAGGUGCUGGUGUUGGUGGAGAAGAGGCGGACUCUGUACGUUCAAUCAGAAAGGAAGCUGGACUUCCUGGGAUGGGCAGCAGCCAUCCAGAAGGCGGCAGACAGCACUGGGAACACAUUGUCUGAGCAGCAGUUGACGGACGAGGACAUUCCUGUUCUGGUGGAUCGCUGUGUGGCGUACAUCACACAGUACGGCUUAACUUCUGAAGGCAUCUACAGGAAGAGCGGGCAGAAAUCGAAGACCACCAACCUGCUGGAGCUAUUCCUGAAGAAUGCUCGCAGCGUGUGGUUGAGGGAAGGGGAGCAUCAUGUCGAUGACGUGUCCAACACUUUGAAACGGUUCUUCAGGGAGAGUAUCGGGGAGACCAUCUUCACUGACAACGCGUACCAAGACUGGCUCCAUACAUCAAUGAUUCCCGAUGAGUGGAUGAAGAUUCAGCAGUAUCAGAAGCUGGCCACUAACCUGCCCAAAGUCAACCGCGCCACCCUCAAAGCUUUGAUCAACCACCUCUACUGUGUACAGAAGGUCUCCGAUAAGAACCAGAUGACCACGCACAAUCUGGCCAUUGUUUUCGGGCCCACACUCUUCCAGACGGAUGGGCAGGACAACAAGGUGGGCCGAGUGGUCGAGGAUCUCAUCAAUCAUUUCAUCAUGCUCUUCAACGUGGACGAGCAUCAGCUGAAACGACAGCUGGACGAGAUCGUUAGUAUCAUUCGUCUCCGGGACGCCCCGCUGAUGCAGUCCGGCCAGAAUGCCGGGGACUUUAUCUGCACCGUCUACCUGGAGGAGAAGAAGGAGGAUUGUGAGUUGAGUCUAAAGGUCCCAGCCACCAUGACGGCACAGGAGUUGACCAAUGAAGUUUUGUAUCUUCGCAAGUUGACCACCAAGGAGAAAGACAACUGGUGUUGCUUUGAGGUGAUCGACAGGGAGGAAAUGGAGCGGCCCCUCCAUUACUCCGAGAAGGUGUUGCCCAUUCUGCACUCUCUGGGGGCUGACUGCUACCUGGUGGUGAAGAAGAACACGGCGCUGGAGACCAUGCUGAUGUACCUGGGGAGUAAGGUGGCUGACCAGAAGCACGGAAUGGCCAAGUUCCGAGAAGAGCGCAAGUUGGGACUUGGGACGGGGAGCUUCAGCGACCGCUACUUCAUGCUGACUGACGGCAUCCUCCGGCUCUUCAAGGAAGUGCGGAGUAACAAGCCAGACAAGGAAUGGCCGGUGAAGAGUCUGAGGGUCUACCUGGGCGUUAAGAAGAAACUCAAACCACCGACAUGCUGGGGAUUCACCAUCAUUUAUGAAAACAAGGAGAAGCACGAGAGGCAGCAAUGGUAUCUAUGCUGUGACACACAGAUGGAACAACGGGAGUGGCUAGCUACCUUCCUGUAUGUGCAGCACAAUGGCAUUAUCUGGCCCUUGAACUCACUGAGUCCCUGGAGUGCCCGUCAGCCCUCGGAAUCCCGGCUUGGAAACGUCUCCCUGAUCCCACUACGGGGCAGCGCCAACGAGAUGAGGAACAGCGUGGCUGCUUUUGCUGCUGACCCACUGUCGAUCUUUAAGAAGGUAUGAAAUCUCGGCCCUAGCUGAAGGGGCCGUGGGACUCUGGAUCCAGAGUGGCUGAACGGAAAGAAAGAGGUAGUGUGCGUGAAUAAAUGGAAGUUGGAGAGGGGAGACGCUGGUGCUUUGAAACGCCACUGAACUGACACUAGAGACAAGGAGGAGACUCUGGAACGUGCAGUUGUCAACAAGGAGAAAGAGCCUCAUUAUUUAAAGUUCAGAAAACAUUGUGUAAAACUGUUGUAGUAUAGACAAAUGCGAUCUGUACAUAUUUGUGAUUUCUCCGUCCUCUGGACACGCUUAAAAUUAGUUUAUUUAAUUCAGUCCUGACCUCAAAUGUGCCAUUGUGAAGUGGUUGGGAAAAUAUGUGAAUAGAUGUGGCAGAAAGCAAGCUGGUUUUGUCUCUUGCGUCUUUUUGUUUUAUUCAUUCAUUCAUUUUGGGAUCCAGCAUGGGUGGACCCUUCUGACCCUUCGAGUCUCUGCCCAGCAAUUCCUGACAAACCCCCCCACCCCCCGAUUAACCCUAACCUAAUCAUGGGACAAUUUACAAAAACCAAAUAACCUACCAAUUGUCAAGUCUUUGGACUAUGGGAGGAAACCGGAGCACCCGGCGGAAACCCACACAUUCCAUUUGGGGGCGGGAGGUGUACAGAGAUUCCUCAUGGAGGAUGCAGGGAUUGAACUCUGAACUCCAUCCGAACUGUAAUAGCGUUGUACUAACUGCUGCGCUACUGUGGGCUGUCAUGUGUGCGCACAUUGAAGUGCGUUUGCUGGGGGUUGUGAAUUGGAUGCCGGACUGGUGGCAGCAGAACUGAGGCGCCUGCUGGCGAUUAGAACUAUGGCGAAGUCUCCCAGCACAGGCAGGAGAAUUUCUGCUGUUACCGGAGGGAGACGUGUACUUCUCUGCAGCCAUAUUUUGCACUUACAAUGACAAGCAGACUGGAUCAUCUCUCUACAGAUCUUCUAGAAAAUUCAUACAGGGAUCAGGGUGAGGUCACUUACCCCUUAAACAUAACUGGAAUUAGUGAGUUCUGGUUGACCUGUAGACCCAUAGAACGUGGAGAGUACAGCACAGGAUGAGACCAUUCAGCCCAUAACGACUGUGCUGAACUAAUCCCAUCAGAAUCAGAAUCACAUCCCUCCAAUUUAAAAUGUACAACACAGCACUGUACAGGCUGUUUGGCCCACAAUGUUGUGCCAACCUAGAUAGUUUACUCUAAGAUCAAUCUAAUCCUUCCCCUUAACAAAGCCCUCCAUUUUUCUUUCAUCCAUGUUCAUCUAAGAGUUUCUUAAAUGCCCCUAACCAGGGGUUCCCAGCCUUUCUUAAGCCAUGGACCCCUACCAUUAACUGAGGGGUCUGUGGACCCCUGCUCUAUUGUAACUGCCUCUGUCACUACCCACCACUCACUAUGUAAAGAACAUACCUUUUCUGUAUAUUCAUGUGCCUCUUAAAUGCGUAGAUCUGCUUCCACCAAAUUUCAAAAUACAUUUAUUACCUGAGUAUGUAUAUGCUAUUUAACCUUGAGAUUCGUCUCUUUACAGGCAGCCCCAAAGCAGAGAAACCCAAUAGAACCCAUUAAAAAAGAAGACCGUCAAACACAAAAUGAGCAGGAAAGGGGGAAAAACAAAAACAAGUUGUGCAAACAAUAAAAGUAAGCAAGUAACCUUUAGAACAGAAGGUCACUAAAGUGGGUCCACAGCUGCAAAGCCAGUCACCACUGCAGCCUGUUAGCUGCAGGAGUUCAUUGCAGAGAUGAGUAAACCUUGUGCAGCAGCCAGCUGAACUGGACCCUCCCCACUGACCUUGUCAACCUGGCCUGGUGCUUAAACCGGCCAACCCUUGGGUUGUUCCAGACUCUCUCGGACAUGGGCACUGCCGCUUUAAUGUGCUCUCGGGCCCAGGCCACACCGCCUUGACCCUUCCUUGCCUCAUCUCAGAUCUGCCACUUCGAUUCAGCUUCAAGUCCGCUCCAGCAAUGGCCAAACAUUGGCUCGUCCCCUGAUCUCGGGCCUGUGCCCCGCUGCCUCAUUUCAGCUGGUAUGCACCAUGCCAAUGCUAUCCUGCACCUUCGAGACUUCACACUACAAAAAUGCCAGGUUGCACGGGCGUUUCAAAAGCUCAACACUGUAAGGGAAGUUCCAAUGAUCCUUUUUGAGAAAAUGUGUGAUUAAUAAAUUAGUUGUUUUGUUUGCUGCCAGGAAGUUGUCGCUGUGCUUGACCAGGGCCAUCUUAAACCAGAACCACCACCAACACCACCUCAGGCACCCGCCACACUCUGUGUGAAACAGAAGUUUGUAUAACUCCUUCAAACUUCCCCCUCUCAUGUUAAGUUUAUGCCCACUAGUGUCUGACGUUUCCACCCUGAGGUUUCAAGAUUCAAGGUUGUUUAAGAUCAUUUCCAGUACAC